AUGUGGAGUUCUAUUUUACGUGCUUUUGCUACACGCCAAAAUCAAUGUGUGUUACCAGUAAGGCGUGUGUUGCUACUAGACGCUACUGCCCGUUACUCCAAUCAACGAAUAGCUGUUCCACUAAGAAGCAAGAAACCUAAAUCCAGUAAACCAACGACCCAAUACUUCGUCGACAGUCGACACGUUCGCACGAUCGGUGGUAAUGGAGGCGAUGGAUGCGUUUCCUUCCUACGUCUCUGGUGUAACGAAAAUGCUGGUCCGGAUGGUGGUGACGGUGGUAAUGGAGGGCACGUAGUGCUGCAAGCAACACAGGAUGUAAAAGAUUUAAACCACAUAACGUCACUGCUCCGUGCGGACGACGGUGAAAAGGGCGCAACGAAAGAUUGUCAUGGAAAAAAUGCCAAUCACACGGUAGUGAAGGUACCGAUUGGAACGAUUGUCCGAAAUCCGCAAGGGAAGGUGGUCGGUGAUCUGGACACGGAAGGAAUGAUGUUUGUAGCGGCUCGUGGUGGUGCCGGUGGUAAAGGAAACCAGUUUUUCAAGAGUGAUCUCGAACAAGCCCCGCAAGUGGCGGAGUUCGGUGCCAAAGGGGAAGAAACUGCGUACACACUGGAGCUUCGCAGUAUGGCACACAUCGGCUUCAUUGGGUUGCCAAACGCGGGCAAAAGUACACUGUUGCGUGCCAUUAGCCGGGCACGGCCGAAAGUGGCCGCUUAUCCGUUUACCACCCUGAAACCGCAUCUCGGCAUGGUACAGUACGAUGAUUACGAGCAGAUAGCGGUGGCGGACCUGCCCGGCCUGAUUGAAGGUUCGCACAAAAACAAAGGCUUGGGUAUACAGUUCCUAAAGCACGCGGAACGUUGCAAUGCGCUGCUGUUUGUGGUGGACGCAUCGAUCGAUGAACCUUGGCUGCAGUAUCACACACUCAUGCACGAGCUAAGCAUGUUUAGUGAGGAACUGAUAACACGGCCGCGGUUUAUAAUAGCGAACAAAAUCGAUCUACCCGGUGCGGACCGGAAUGUGGAGCUGUUGGCCCAUCACGUGGACGUACCGGUCAUUCCGAUCAGUGCCAAGCUGGGAACAAACAUCGCCGAAAUGCUACAUGAAAUUCGAGUUUUGUACGAAUCUUGUCGCGAAAAUGAAACACCCACCGAACGACAGGACGAACCACCACGAUGA